AUGGAUAUCGACACGUCGCGUCGUAAUAAGGCCCCGCGGCCUUUGCGGGAUGCCGAGCGGGCGCGGUUGGAAGAGUUCAUUGACUCGAUCCACUAUUCUGCUCGGUACGUCUACGAACUCCAUGCCGCCUCGUCCCGCCUCGUGCCGCUGGACAUGCUAACCAGGAGGUAUAGCUACUCGGAUGAUGAAUACGAAUACCGACACGUCCAGCUCCCCAAAGCCAUGCUGAAGGCAAUCCCCAAAGACUACCACGACCCAUCCAAGGGCACAUUGAAGCUGCUGUGGGAAGACGAAUGGCGCGCAAUUGGCAUCACCCAGAGCUUGGGCUGGGAGCACUAUGAGGUCCACGAGCCCGAGCCGCACAUUCUCCUCUUCAAGCGACCACUCAACUACCAGCCACCUCAAUGA